GUCAUGAUGAGAAAGACUAAUAUCCUACUAAUAUAGAUAGAUGAAUAAAUCAAUAAAAUCGAUCACGUGAUUCUGAUCGCAGGAGCACGUGAUAUAUGGAAUCCAACCAACCAUAAACCACCCAAGAUUUCAAUCUGAAUCCCUAAAAUUAAAAUUCUGCCCCUUUUUCCAUUGAUUUUCCCUCCCUUUUCUUUGCUCCCUCUCUCUAUUUUUUUCCACCACACUUUUGACUUCCACAUCUGUCUCUCCUCGACGACUCAUCAUACCAGGUGCGUAUGAUCGAAACCCAUCCCCCAUUUCUUUCGAAUUAACGUAUACGCAUCAAAUACGUGGGCAUAGGGGGAUUUAUACUAUCAAGUUGCAAUUUUUGGGGGGUUUCUGAGAGUAAUUAUCAGCCCAAUCAGAGAGCUUGGUAUAUGCAAUUGCUCUCCUGAUUUCUCGAUUAAGGUUAAGAGCUUGAUUUCUUUCUUUUUGGACCCCGGGGUUUGAAUUUCGUUGAGCUCUGGGGUUCGCUGCUCUCUUUCAUAUUCGUAUUUAGUUUGUUUGUUUUAAUUCGUUGCAAGCUCUAUGGAUAGUGAAUUGGUGAAAAGGGGUUUUGAUUUCACUAGAAGGAGGAAGAAAUGGUUGAUUGUAAUGGGAUUGGUUGGGGUUUCGAGCUACGGUGUGUAUAGGGUGUAUCACAUGCCGUCUGUAGCUAGAAAGAGAAAAAGAAUCUUGAAGCUGUUAGGGUCCCUUGUUUCAAUGGCUGAAAUGGUUUCUGAUUCAGCUGAGAUGAUGACAGUUUUGUCUAGGGAUUUAAAGGAGUUUUUGGAGUCUGAUUCGGAUGAGAUUCCUAAUAGUUUGAAGCAGUUGUCGAAGAUUGCUCGCUCUGCAGAGUUUUCUGAGUCAGUAGCUCGUCUUUGCCAGUCGAUGACAGUAGGCGUUUUGAGGGGUUAUAGGGUAGAGAAUAGCGCGAACGAUAUUCAGGAAGAUGGAGAUUCGACCUUUUCUGAUAGGUUUAUGGAUAAGGUGAUGUCGGAUGCUGGUACAGGAUUUGUCUCAGUUGUUAUAGGUAGCUUUGCUAGGAAUUUGGUGUUGGGAUUUUAUGCUAAUGCUGAGAAUGGGCAUGAGAAGCCAAGUUCCUCGUCGGUGCCUACAUGGUUAAGUGUGGUGACAGAUGAUAAAUGCAGAGUGUUGGUUGCUGAUUGCAUCAACACUUUUGUUAGCACUGCUGUUACAGUUUAUCUCGACAAAACUAUGGAUGUCAAUGUUUACGAUGAGAUGUUCUCGGGCUUGACUAAUCCCAAGCAUCAUAAUAAGAUGACUAAGUUCUUAGUUUCUCUGUGUAAUGGUGCUGUCGAAACUCUUGUAAAGACCUCUCACCAAGUGCUGACAGCUUCUCCCAAGAAGGGAUCGAGCGCCUCUUGUUCAAUCACUGAUCCCAGUGAAGCUUCAAGCUUCGAAACUCAUCCCAGAAGGGGUGAAAAUGGUUAUGUUGGUAACGGAUGGGUCAGCAGUGUUUCAUCGACACUGGCUGUACCGAGCAAUAGGAAGUUUGUGCUUGAUGUCACCGGGAGAGUGACAUUUGAGACCGUCCGAUCUGUCAUUGAGUUUUUCUUGUGGAAAGUGUCAGAGGGCUUGAAAAGAAGUGCAGGUGUGGUUCGUGAGGAGGUUUUGGAGAGGGGAUACGAAGUUGUGAGAUACGUUGGGGCCAAAUCCACCUUGAUUCUCACCAUCUGCCUCUCACUGUUUCUGCAUAUCCUAGGCAACAGUAGGGCAUUGGUGCCUGCUUAAUGUGAUCGCGUUCCUGAUAUCAUAACGCGGUCAUCUUGCUCUGCAGAUGCGGCCGUCUGCCUCAGCAAGGCAAUUCCAUAUACAAGUUGUAUUAAUGUUUUUAUGAAUUCAUUCAUCUGUUGUAUAUUUAGUGUAGAAUCUAUUUACAUUUUGAAGUGCCUUAUACUGUUAGUGGACAUGAAUUUAUACAGAAUAUUUGAUGACCACUUAUACUAAAUUCCCUAUAUUUGUUGAACAUUUAAUUAGAAAUUUGAUGAUG